AGUGAUACAGUGUCUAUGACAAAUAGAACUCACUCACGCGACACGACCACUAAUGGUUGCAUGCUAUUGUUGUUUAGUCUGUGCUUAGAACGAGGGUACCUAUGUUCAAAAUAUCAAAUCAAUUUUUAUUCAAUUACACAAUUUAAAUUCGGCUUAUUCUACGUUUACGUACAUAACAUGGGGUUUGGUUGUUCAUCAUUUUGAAAUCUUUGGUAAUGAGUGCUUGGGUGUAAAAGGUCGGUGAUAAAGUGUGAACUAACAAUUAAACGAUGCAGUCAAUUUUCUGGACAGGCAGAUUGCUCUCACGUGCUCUACGCAAUGGACUCGCGAGUAUUUCUAGUGCAGCAGAAUUAAAUGUUUUCAAUAAGAAGCAUCCUUAUUUAGUUUCAGUGGUUUGUGGUUUUCCUAAAGACAUUGCCAAUGGGCGAACUCGUAAAGGACAGUUUGGUGACGACGCUUGGUUUGCAACUAACUUUCAAAAUGCAGAUGUAAUUGGUGUUGCAGAUGGAGUUGGUGGCUGGCGAGCAUAUGGAAUUGAUCCUGGUGAAUUCUCAUCAUAUCUCAUGCGAACCUGUGAGAGACUAGUCCAAAUGGGUCAUUUUAAGUUGUCAGAACCUGGAGACUUGCUAGCCAAAUCCUAUUAUGAGCUAUUAGAACACAAGAAACCAAUAUUAGGUAGUAGUACAGCGUGCGUCAUGAUUUUGGAUCGCAACGAGAGCUUAAUGCGAGCAGCAAACAUUGGCGAUAGCGGUUACAUGGUUGUGCGAGGCGGCCGUGUCGUCUAUCGCUCACACGAACAACAGCACUAUUUUAAUACGCCAUACCAAUUGAGUUUACCGCCUCCGGGACACGACAGGAACGUCCUCAGCGAUAGGCCGGAAUCAGCGGACACAGCCGAGUUUCCGGUGGAGUGCGACGAUGUGAUCCUGGUGGCGACGGACGGAGUUUUCGACAAUGUCCCCGAACCUGUGCUGGUCGCAGAGAUGAGACGGGCCCAAGGGCUCGCCGCGGACCCGCAGAAGCUGCAGUCGGUAGCCAACUCCAUUGCGUGGAUGGCUCGCAAUCUCUCAUUCGACGGUUGCUAUAUGUCGCCAUUCGCAAAAAGCGCCAGACAAAAUGGCAUUGAUGCUAUAGGUGGAAAACCAGACGACAUCACGGUGCUACUUGCAAUCGUAGCGCUAUGAAAAUGUCUAUUUGUGAUUUACAUAGGUACAUUGUGAAUAAUACAUUUUUGUUAUCUUAAAAAAAAACAAAAUUAGUUGUAAUAGUUUAUAUUUAUAGUGUAAUGACGCCAAAAAGUUGAACAAUUACUGUACAUUUUUCAAAAAUGUUUUUGUUUUCAAUGGUUAUAUUUUGGAAGUGAGGGCAACCGUGACGAUUGCAUUCUCCAAACGUACGUCACGCUUUUUAUUUGAAGCAAUUGUAAAUUAUUCGAUGGUUAGUCUUAAACGCUUUUUUUUCCUUUCAAUCAUCAGAUAAAAAUUAUCAAUCAAUUAAAAAAAUUAUAAAAGACUAAAUAUAAAAAUGUAACAAAAUAUAUUGUUCAUCCAGCUGUAAUUUUUAUGUGUUUAUGGUUGUGUUUAUUAUGCAAUUAAUAAUUUUUAUCUGAUAAUUGAAAAAUCAAGCCUAAAUCAUAUAGGUGCAAAAUAUUGAAAUGUUGUGAAGAAUGAUCUGAUUUUCUUCUUCUUAGUAUUGUGAUUAAGUGAAUGCUGCGUUUUAAUUUGUAGCAUCUAAAAUAAAUAUGCUUGUUGGUCACAAUGAUGAAUUCUAAAAUACUUAAUAUAAUUUAACUUGCUGAUAGUAAAACAACAGUGCAAUUUGAAUUAUUUUUGCUUUAGUUAUUAAAUUUUGAAAAACAUUUUUACUUCGUUUCUGUAGAAAGAGUAAACAUUUAGUAUAUUGUCUUAUGAUUAUCUGUUACUGUGAUUUCUCAAUUUCAUUGGCAACCACACACCAAUAAAAAAACAAUCUAACUAUACAUGUAACUAUAAAGGAUAUUAAAUAAUCAUCAAACUGAUCUUCCAAUUACUUUUCAAUCCUAAUUUCAUACAAUACCGAUGGAUUAUAUUUGAAAUGUAAAUUGUAUUAAUUCUAAGAUUUUCAAAAGCUAUCGCAAAACGAAAUAAUUUUUGCCUAAUUGUUGCUCUAGUGUAAAUCGAUGAAUAAAUUGCUCGUAACGCAUGGCCUCAUAUGACGUCACAGUCUGUUUGGUAAUUUGAAAAAUUUUCGAUUUUCAGUUCCUUAUUAUGUAUUCGGUAGUAGUUACAAAUUAUUCAGAAAUAAGUUAGACAGAUACAAUGUGUUAUUCAUUCAAUAUAAUAAAAUCCUAAGUAAAAUUAGUAUUCAAUAUAAUAAUAUUUUAAUUCAAAUAUGUAUUUUCAAUAUUGUCGUCGAUGUGACUGAAUAACGUCUAUGUACAUAUUUAUCAGAUUGACAAUGUACAGGAUCAGUGCUACCGUUCAGUGUAUCGUUCUCGGAAAGAUAUAAUUAAAGACUGAUAAAUAAUAUUUAUUGUUAAAUUCGGAUAAUAUUCGAGCUCCAGUGGAACUUAAAAAAUCUAAUUCUUUUAAGUAGGCACUAAAAUGAAAGAUUUUUGCGUAGUGCUAUUUUAAUCACGCAUCUAUGGUAUACCGUAACACUGAUGUCUUCAACUCAUUAUCAUGUAUACUCUCUAUGUAUCCGAAAAGGGUUCAAUAGAAAUGUUGACUCUUUUUAUAUUGAUAAAGUUAUGCUGCCCGGAAAUCUAAAGUUUUUUUUUCUUUUUUAAAUCCAUGCAGAAAUAAGAAAUGUAGUGGUAGUUGUUAAUUGACAAAAAAAUAUAAGACGAACAUUUGGAUUUCUUGCGUGACCCGGAUUAAAAUGUCCCAGAGAGCUGUCAUGUGUUCAUAAUAUGCACACUGUUUUUUUGAUAGCGGUCUUUAAUAAUAAUAUAUGUAUUGCUACGUCAAUUUACAUCUGAUUUCGAUGCUGUUUUCACAAAAAAUAUUUCUUUUUGAUAAUGUUUGAUGCUACAUAUAAAAUAAUGUGAAAAGAAACAUAGGUAAUAUUCCUAGUUCUUAAUAUAACGGAAUUAAAUUCAAUUCGAAAAAAAAAACGCUCAUUGACAGUUUUUGUGUAUAGAGAAGAAAAAUGCUUUGAUUUGUCGCCAAGAAUACUGUUUGGUUGUAUUUAAAGCAAUGUCAGACAAGUGAUAUUCGUAAAUCGUAAUGAAUGUUUGAAAUACUGCAAUAAAUGAAUGUGGAACUUGUU